AAAAAUCUUUAUCUGAUAACAAUACAUUAAUUUCCAGCAGUUCAAAGUAAACGAAGUUAUUAUACUUAUUAAUGGCUUGAAUUUAAAGUUGAAAAUAUUUAUAUUAAAAAAAAUGCCAGUACAAAUAUGAUUCUCGAAAUAAUAUUAUUUGAUAAAUAAAUAGAUAAUAUCAAAAUAUUUGCUUGAUAGAAUAUAAAUUAAUAUUUCAGAGAUACUCAGACUUUUCUUUUUUGUAACAUUCAACAACAGACAAUUUCUAUAAGAGAAAUGUUUUUACUAUCGAACAUAGAUUUGAAAAAAUAAAGGAAAUAGCUCAAUUAAGAAACUAGCCGGUUGAAAUAAAUAUUGCGUUUUUAUUUAAAAAAGAUAAAGUGUAUAAUAUAUGUAAUAGAGUAAAUUGAAUAAAAAUAAUUUUAUUUCUAAUCCUCUAAAAAUCAUGAAUUCAAAAACGAAAUCAAAUAAACUAUUAAAAUUUCUAUAGUUCAAUAAACUAUACGACUUUUUAACUACAAUACGGAUCUAAAUUACUACAAAUUUAUUAUUAUUAUUAUAAUUUAUAAAAGUUUGAAUCAAUUUUAUAUAGAGUCUUGGUCGUUUAAUGAUUCAUCGUAAUGAUGGUCUUGUUCCAUUAGUGGCUGCAUCAGUUGGUAUAGCUAAAUAUGAACAAGCAUUUCGUUCCAUAGUAUGGCGUUUUGAUCAAUUACCAAAACGAGAUCAAGGUGCUUACGAAACACAUCUAUUUGAAUGUAAGAUGUCCAUACCAUCAUGUGAUCCUAUACCAGAAAAAUAUGAACCUAUUGCUGAUGUUGAAUAUUCAAUGUCACAAGCAUUUUUUUCACAUUGUCAAAUUCAUUCAGUUGUUGUACCAAAUCCCGAAGAAACGCCAGAAAAAUGGAUACGUCCAAAAAGUCAAUUUACCAUUACAAUUGAUAUUGAAUAUGCAUUUAAAGAAGAAGAAAAAAAAGAUUUUGCACCUAUUGAAAUUGAUAUGAAAGAACAACCAAUAAUACCAAGUGAAACAGAAAAUAGUUCACAUUCUGAUGAUAGUGAUUGA